CUGACAACAGGACAAAGCGUAAACGGCAAAACCAAGCAAACCCACCGCCUCGAGCCGGGUGGCUUCCCUACAUUGUGAAUUGAAAAGUCGUGUAAAAGUUCCAACAAACCAUGGCCACAUCGACACCGAAAACGCCGCUCCGUAUGCAGCUGCAGCCGCUAAUGCCGGAGGACAUGCGUUCCGAGCUGAUCGCCGCACUGAAAGUGCAGAACGUGCAGAAUGUUCGCGUCGGAAGUGCGCGUCGCUUUGCAAUGCCCGGAACACACAGCAGCAAAAGCCCGGCAGAUGUCCGAAACACCGAAGCGGACAAGCGGCAACAGCUGCGCCUGCAGGCGAUCCGUGAAAUUCGUACGUCCGAGGAGUCGUACCUGCGGCAGCUGGAUCUGCUGCUCGAGUACUUCGUGACGCCGUUGCGCACGAACGGAUUCCUCACCGAGAAGGUGCACAACCAAAUCUUUGGCCAGCUGGACACGAUACACAACCUCAGCCAGGAGCUGCUCCGCAAGCUUGACGAUGAUUUGGACAAUGUGGUGAAAGCGUUCACCAAUCUUGGACCAUUCUUUAAGCUGUACUCGGUGUACGCGUUCGACUACCGCAAUUCGCUCUGCACGCUGCAAUCGCUGAUGGAUAAGAACGUGACGCUGAAGCGAUACAUUGCCAACACGGAAUCCCGCCCGGAAGUGCAGAUGAAGCUGAUCUCGCUGCUAAUUACACCGAUACAGCGCAUCCCGCGGUACAAGCUGCUCCUGCAGCAGGUUCUCCUCUACACCAGCCCAUCGGAUGGGGCGUACAAAGCGCUGCAAGAAUCAAUCCGCCUCGUGGAACAGUCCGUCUCGCACAUAAACGCCGUGGUGGAGGAUUACGAAAACACGCAACGGUUGAUCGUGGUCCAGAACGCACUGACAAACAAAUCGCUCAAGCUGGUCAAACCGGGGCGCAAGAUCCUGAAGGAAGGUUUCCUGCGCAAGCUCAAGACGGACGGAUCGACGUCGCGCAAGUACUGCAUCCUCAUGUCGGACAUGUUCAUGUACUGCCGGGUGCUGAAGGAUGUGGAAGUUUUGCUAACGGAAGGAUCGAGCAUCGCUUGCAGCUGUGUGUUUCCGUUGAAAAAGUGUAAAAUUGUGGAGCUGUUCCGCGGUAACUUUAGGCUCACGUGCAGUGGCGAUGGUACGAUUUUUAGCGCCGACGGGGAAGGCGAAGAUAGCCACGCGUGGUACGUUGCGAUCAGGGAAGCGAUCGAGCUGCACGUGCAGUGCCGCAAGACGCUGCGCAAAAUGUCGAGCAACAGGAAGCCGAUGCGCAAGAAGCAUCUGCAGCGGUUGCAGCCGGAGGACGAUAUUAUGUGGCUGUUGCGCCGCAAGACGGCCAGUCCGGAUCGGAUUCAGAAGCCGGAGAAAGCAAGGAGGAGAGGGUUGUGGCCGUUUAGGAGCAUGAAUUGCUUGCAGCUGGACCAGUCGGUUGGGGAGCCGUCGAGUGGAUUGCAGCAGCAGCAACAGCAGCAACAGCAGCAGUUAAGGCAGUACGUCCCGCUGGGUUCGAUUGGACAGCAUCGAUACCCACAGGCGGCCUCGACCAGCACUGUUAGCAAUAGUCAGCUAAAGGCUAUUGAAUACCCUUGGGGUACGGAAGCAAAUUGCGUUCAAAGUAGCGCACCAACCAACUGUCCCGCCGCAACAAGCCCUGCCGAGGAAGAUCACCCAACCGACGACGAUCAGGUGGAUAAGGAUGAAGAAGAUCAAGCGAACGGUAGCAGACACGUUCACUUUCGAUUUCCAUCAAAGCAUUGGCGUUACUAAAGGGAGUAGCUGUCAUUACAGGGUUUUUCAGGACUAAGACACUCUAUUGACUCCUUCGUAUCUGAAAUGAACUUAAAGUAAUUGGCGAAUUGGAAUCUAUAGCAACCCUUUUUGGACAAAUCCAAUAGGAAUUUCCAAGGAGCCUGAAAUCGAUCAUACGAAGUUCACUUCCCAUUCC